AUGAGAAUUUCCCCGGCAUGCCUCUCACUCCCAUCCUGCCUGCUGCUUGUCAGCUUGGCGGUUGAUGUGGUUGCUAGUCCAAACCCUCUACCCAAGUCCAGAUGGGUACGCCAGGGUCGAGGGCGUAAGCCUUCCACGCAUAACCUGCAGACCCGGGAUGCGGAAUGCGUCGAGAACAAUGCCACCCAUAUUGCAGCUCCGUUUCAGAAUGUCUGGGACGAACUAUCCAAUGUUGAGGCAGCCUCGGUUGUGCAGUGGCUCUUUCAACAGCCAGAGCUCAACCUCACAGUCAGUGACGAUGCUGGCCCCUGGGACAACACCAUCCAGCUGGUUGAGUUGAUGCGACCCAACAAAACCGAUGUCCUACAGUAUCUCGAUCAUUCAGGCUCUCCUCCAGCCCGCUAUGCCCACGCAGUCCUUGCUCAUCGCGCUUCUGAGGAGCCGUAUUAUGCUGAUAUUCUCGUUGGCCCUUUGCCCGUGAAGAAUGGUACAACUACCUGGGAACCACUGGAAUAUCCCUAUACCCGCAAGACACUUGGUCGUGUUCGUACCCUUGAUGCAGACACAGAACUCCAGCAGGAAUGGCUUUACAAUAUAAGUGCCACCAUCGCUGACAUCACCCUGGAUCUCUGGAACGGCACCGCACUCGGCCUUGACAAUGACACACUGGAUAUCUGGGGCAUUGACCCCUAUUGGCAGGAUGAUGGUCAUAUCGUCCGAUGGGAUGGCUUCUGGGGUAUCCCUACCGACAAGUUUGACAUGGAAACUUUGCUUCCCCUUGGACUUUACAUAAAAUCGGAUGUGACUGGUCGUGAUCCAUCGAAGUGGAAGCACGAAGGUUGGCUGUACAAUGACAUCUACUAUGAGACCACUGAGGAAUUUCGCAAGGCGUACUAUUCUCCAGGCUUUGUCAAGCUGGGUGCCAACAUCGAAGGUGCUUGGGGUCAGACGGGUCGUGAAGGCCCCGUGCUCCCUCAGGAUGCCAAUUAUCCACCAGUGGCUGUUGCUCCAUCUGGAGCACGAUAUUCGGUUGAUACGGAGCGGAAAUAUGUCACCUGGAUGGACUUCUCCUUCUACGUUAGUUUCUCACGGGAUACAGGUGUGUCUUUAUAUGAUAUCCGGUAUAAGGGACAGCGAGUUCUGUAUGAACUGGGACUCCAAGAAGCCCUAGCACACUAUGCAGGAAAUGACCCUGUACAGUCUGGGACGUCAUAUCUCGAUAGCUAUUACGGGUUUGGACCGUAUGCAUUUCAACUACUCAAGGGAUAUGAUUGUCCUGCCUAUGCUACGUAUCUUAACAGUUCUUUCUAUGUAUCCGAGACGACGCAUACGCAUGUUGAUAGCAUUUGCCUUUUUGAGUUUGAUGCCGACUUCCCCAUUCAACGCCACAGUACCUCGUGGUAUGUGAGCAAUACCAAGAAUGUGUAUUUCACUCUACGGUCGGUUUCCACUGUAGGUAACUAUGACUACAUGUUCAGCUAUUCCUUCUACCUGGACGGCUCCAUUGGCGUCGAAGUACGCGCCUCUGGUUAUAUCCAGUCCGCCUACUUUGCUAAUAACCAUGAUUAUGGCUAUCAUAUCCAUGACUUCCUAUCAGGAUCAAUGCAUGAUCACGUUCUGAACUUCAAGGCAGACUUUGACAUUUUGGGGCUCAACAAUACGGUGGAAUUAAUGAAGCAGGUGCCCGUCACCAAGAACUAUCCAUGGUCAGGAGGAAAAGCCCGCAACACGAUGAUGCUGAAACGUUCCAUUGUCGAGAACGAGGAUGUAGGACGUUUCAACUGGGAUGCCAACUCGGCUACGCAGGUCCGUGUGGUAAACAUGGACGAGCGCAACAAGUAUGGCGAGUACCGGGGGUACCGUAUUCUCCCGGCAACUGGCACAGUGCACCUUACUGUCAAGGACUCGAGCAAUCUCGUGAAUGCCGCGCAAUGGGCCGGAUAUGAUGUUCAGGUGACCAAACAACAUGACUACGAACCCCGAGCGGCCCAUUCGUACAACACGCAGGAUGUCUUCGACCCACCCAUCAACUUUAACGAAUUCUUCAACAGCGAAAACAUCACGCAGACUGACCUCGUCCUGUGGCUCAACCUGGGAAUGCAUCACAUUCCUCACACAGGCGAUCUCCCCAACACUGUGUUCACGACGGCACACUCAGGCGUGCAGUUUAUGCCACUUAAUUAUCUCCUCGGUGAUCCCAGUCGCCAGAGCAGUAACCAAGUGCGCAUCGACUACAGUGAUGGCAACGUCACUGCCGUGGAUCUGUUUGGACAGCAUGCAGGGAGCUGCGAUCUUGAUUUCACCCCUGGUACGGCGGAUCUGUGGAACUAUCACGGAGAUGUGGUUGUGCGAAAGUUCCCUUAUGACCCGAAUGAUCCGUUUUAUGAAACGGACAGCAUUUUUUGA